GAGUGAGUGUAUUGUGUACGUCGUGUUCGGCGGCGUCGGCGGUGGCGUCGGCGUCUUAGUCGUGUACGUCUUUUUUUCUUUCCGUUCAGAGCGACUCAGGUGAACAAUUAGAAGGCACCAAUUGUGGAACUCCGAGAUAUCCGAGCAUCUUGCUAUUUCCAAUCCGUAGCCAUAACAACCCAAUCUGAGAGAGAUCUUCAUUCAGAGCCAGAGAGCUUGUGAAAUAGACCGUGAACCCGUGAGGCUAGCCAGUCCCCAGGAACGCGGCUAAUCGACCCGUGAAGACGUGACUGAAAAAUUAGGCUUGGGGCUCGUAGUAACGUACGGCUUGAGUUUGAUCGCUGUUCCCAUCGGAGUUUGGCGGCCAAGUUUCGAACCUACUGGUUUCGAGCAUGAAUCGGGGAAUGGGUCCGCAGAUCGAUGUGCCCGUGGGCGUGGCGGGGGGCGGGAGCUUAGAUGUACCGGGAAUAACGGGGGCCAUGCACCAACCCGGAUGGAAUGGAUUGACGAUCAAGGAGAUUUUGGAGAAGGUGGACUUGUUCAAUAUCACCGUAGAUGAUGGCGUGGAUACCAAAGGAUCCGAUAAAGUCCUGGUCACCAAAAAUGGGGUCAAGCAAAAGGAGGGCAAGACCGUGGUCAAUGUCAAUGAUCCGGAGGCCGCUUACUUGGGUCCCAAGCUUUGGGACAAGCCCGUGUCUCUACCCCCUUUGGAUGACACCGAGUUCUCCAUAAUGAAUAUUGACGACUUCCUCAAUGAGAACAACAUUAGUCUGGACGCGGAUCCCAUCAUGGGCUCGACCCAGUCCCGUGAGAACACGCCCGAUAAGAUGUCCAGCUCGCCGUUGCGGUCCAAAAUGGAAGCCAUGGAGAUGAACGAUUCCAACAUGGACGAUGAAGAUGACGACGACGACGAGGACGACGACGAGGAUGAUGAAGAUCGGAGCGAGGAUCGUCACGAUUCGCUCUCCGAUGAGCCCAGUGAGCACGAUCGCAAAAGUCUGAAACGACCCGCCCCCAAGAACCUCCUGCCCAAGUCGGGCGAAAAUGGCUUCCUCUAUGCUGAAAGCAAGCGUGCCCGCGCCGAGCGAGAAAAGGAAGAGAAGAAGCGCAAAUACCAGAUGAGCAUCGAGUUCGCCCCCGAGGACUUGGCCCUGGCCACCAUCCCCGGUGCCGAUUUCGACCCGCGAAGACGAGCAUUCUCCACCGAAGAACUCCGCCCACAACCGAUCAUCCGGAAGAGGAGGAAGCAAUACGUGCCCAAUGACAGUAAGGAUGGCAAGUACUGGGAGAAGCGGCUCAAGAACAAUAUUGCCGCCCGACGAUCCCGUGAGGCUCGGCGACUCAAAGAGAACCAGAUCGCACUUCGAGCCGCUUUCUUGGAGAAGGAGAACGCCACGCUGAAGGCGCAAAUUGACGAGGUCAAUGUCGAAAAUGGCCGCCUCCAGAAUGAAAAGAAGACCUUGCAAGAGAAGCUCAGACAGUAUGAACAGGGACCCCAACACUUUUAGGCUGGUUCCGUUGACAAAUGACAAACAUGUAUUUGAUGAAAGUUGAGUGUUCACCCAGCUACAAACAAACACUGUGUGUAUGAGACACCUGAAAAUAUGCCACCAUGCCACCAACACCACGAUCUCUCCGGUACCCCAACUCAAAUGAAUGCUCCGGCCUCGUGUGGGACUAUGUCUCAGCUAGUAGAGAGGGACAGACACAUUACAGGAUUGUCAAGUUUCGUUGUGUGGAGAGGUUUCGUAUCUGCGAGACCAUCUACUCGUACAUGUCCAAUGCCUCGUAUUUCAUCCCGUAUCGAUUUUAUGUAAUUAUCUUAUUGAGACACGUUUCAAAACCCCGACCCCCUCCCUCUCCCAACGAUCAAUGUGCUGGAGAAUUGGAGUACUGCCACAAUCAAAGGACAUUGAAUCUCCACGGAUUUGGUGAAGAUCGGCUUGGUCACAAAGCAACCAAAGUUGCACAUUUUUUGUAAGGGCUCUGCUACCUCACAAUAACAUUGUACAUACCGCAAUCAUAGAAUGAACGAAAAAAAAAGCAAUGCCACCACCCCCACAUAACUAAUAUGGCCGUCAAAGUUGGAAAAUGUUUUGAAAAAUGGAUACAUGCUUGUUGAAAUACUGUGAUGUAAAUGUAACGCAAGAGCAGAAAAAAGAAAAAGCGGCCCCUAUUCCAGACUUUGUGUUGUCCUGUAAAAUUUUACAUUUACUGGGAGCGUUGGCCACGUAUAUGAGAAGACAAAUAAAUAUAUUAUAUUGGUGUACCCUUGACGUCUGAUAUCUGAUCUUCAAGGCAAGCCUUUGAUCAUAAAAAGUCGACAUUCGAAAGCCCUCUAACACAAAAUUCGGGAGUCGCUCCAAUGAGGCUAGAUCGGACAGUUCUUUCGGCGGUUACUCCUAUCCUUGCUUUCCUCGGCUGGGUGGAGACGGCGCAUAUCAACUUUUUCAAUUGGUUCAGAGCGGAUGGAUCGCACGACAUUAUUGAUGCCACGCACUCCGACAUUCAUCACUACAUGAAAUACAGCUUUUCUCUUAAAUAGGGCGAGGAGGUCAAGCGAAUCACCAUCUUUCAAAACGGAGCUCCUAUUUAUGAAACCAAUAUGCAAACCCUGCAACCCUCAGUUCGAGGAACCCUGCAAAACCGGUUCUUGCGAACGGACACGAUUCCGGAAAAGGAAGAGACUAUCACGUGUUGGCACCCUGGAGUCGAUAUGACAGGCACAUACGCCCUGAAGUUGGUCACCAUGGACUCAAUCUCUCGAGAAAUCCUCAACACCACCGCCAAAAUUGAUGGCGGCAAUAAGUAUGAAAAUGUAAAUGACAAUUGAAGUCCAUUCAAAAAAAAAAACUUUCUUCAAACAGGCAACUGCACCUCAUCGGAGGGCAUUAUCUCAUGGACCAGAGUGCUUGUGGCUACCAGUUCCAAUACAAAUGCACAAAUCCGGUGUUUCCACCAUCGUCAAUGGACGUAUCUGCCUUCAUUACAACUGCGGGGGACCACAAGGCUCUUCUUCGAUUCCCGCCCAAGUCAUUCGUUGCCAAUCCCCUCGAAGAUGGACGCUUUGAGUUCAGCUUUGACGAGUUCCUAAACAUGAGCCCGGAUAUUCCGGAGGAGUUUGUGUUCCACUAUCACGUCUAUCAAAACGGAAGACUCGUGUCUAAUAUUACAGAAGUGCUAAAGAGGGGAGAUGAUUGUCAAGGCAUGUCAACAGGAUCGGAGAUGGAACUCAUCACCGCCGAACCAAGUCCAGUCACGGUUUUCCAAGCCGCUCCAUCGGGACAAGUGCCCAACAUGAGUGCAGGAAUAACAAUUAGAGGCGGACCCCUUGGGAUAGAUUUUAUCACCUUCCCCCCGGAAGAGAAGUACAUUCCUCACAAUGACGAAUUUUAUAACGAUAUCGAGGAUUUGCCACAAACUAACCCGCCGGAAGAAACUCAAAAUACAAGGGAUCGAGCUGAUCAAUCAUCUAGCCAUGAGCCUCAAGUUGAGAUAAGAACAAGUACUAGAAUCGACGUGGAAGCACAAACAAAGGGCCCGGAAAAUUCGGUAACUGUUGAGACGUUUGACAAGCAACCAAUUAACGAAAACGAAAUACCUGAGACACCUAUGCCCAAAAAUUCCCCAGAGUUACCAGGGUUGACGGAUAUAACUGAAAUUUUUGCUGUGACUUAUGGCCCUGCUGAUACAAUUGCAACCCUUCACACUAAUGGCGAAACAGAUGAGCCUCAUAAGGACGAAUUUCAGGUGCCAUCGACUACACCCAAAAGUUACAUUACAACAACACCUUCGGGCACUCUUUAUAGCUCAAACCUAAUGCCAAUCUCAGAAGCCAUCGGACUAUCAUCACAACCAAUCGAGUUCCCCACUCAAAGUCCCGUCUCUGAAAUUCAGUCUUCAGACCAUGAAUCCACAACACCUAUGGGGACGUCAACCUUGGCUUCCGAAAAUUCAGACACAUCAAGGUCUUCCAGCCUAACGAACUCUCAAGCAUCUUUGGAAUCGACCAUUAAACCCAAAAUUUUGGAGCUACAGACUGUCAUGUCCAAUGUUCCGUCCAUGGUUCCUAAUUUCACGGAUGGUCCUUCAGAACAACAAGAAAACUCCACUGACCAUCAAAUCUUGGAUUCCCAUAACUCUUCUGUGCCAUCAAACCAACUCAAUUCCGUUGCUCCUAAAUAUGCUAGUUCGUCUUCUCCAGCUCUUUCAGUACAACAAUCCACGAUAGUCGCCGCAACAGAAGUGUCUGGGUCUCCCGAGGAUCAGUCCUCGACAGGUCCAUUGCCCUCUGCCCCAUUAUCAUCUAAAGUACCCACCACCCAACCGCUCCCUGGGUCUCCACCAUCCAAUCCUGGUCCAGGUUCCAAUCCCGGCGGCGGUGGCAAUUGGCAGAUGGCACAAGUUUGGAGAAGCGGAAAAGCUACCCUUCAACCCCGAUGAUUCCUCCUUGAGAGGCUAUUUGUAGUACAUCUGGUCUUUCAGUUUUACAAGAGACAUGGGCUCAGGGUCUUGUCGAUGUAUGUUCAGUACCUUGGAAGAAGCCUUGACAAAGCCUUGCGCCCCUAAUUUACAAAGUAUUCAUGAAUAGUUGUUCGUCGACCUCUGCCGCGUCUGAUAGGAUGUAAUAAAAAAGACUGGCUAGCAACGCCAUUUACGAUUUCGAAA